CAUUCAAGACGAUAGGAGCCCAGGUGGGAUCCAGAGGAGAGUUUUGGGAUGACAGUUCCGGGGAAUGAGUGGACAUGAGGUUUCGAGCGGAAAACCGGCCAGCUGAAUUUACCACAAUGACAGAUGGGAUGUUGCCUGGAACCGGACUUUCUCUUUUGGUUCUUCUUCACAGUGUAAUAACUGUGACGGGACUGGUGGACUCCGAUGAUGUCAUCACGCGUGACGAGCAGAUCUUUGUGCUGAUCGGCGCUCACGCCAAGUGUGAAAAUAGCAUCCAGUCACAAAUGGCCCUCAUGCAAGAAGGCGACUGCGCCCCCGAGUGGGACGGCAUCAUCUGCUGGCCAAGGAGCAGCGCCGGUCACCUGGUGUCGGUUGGCUGUCCCGAGUACAUCUACGACUUCAACCACGGAGGUCGGGCCUACCGCCACUGCGAUGCGUCUGGUAACUGGGAGCAGGUAUCCGUCAUCAACCGGACCUGGGCAAACUACAGCGAGUGCACCACCUACUUGUCAGCCAAUUACAGGACUCAAGAAGAGAAGGUGUUUGAAAGACUGCACCUUAUGUACACCGUUGGCUACUCCGUCUCUCUGGCGUCUCUGCUGGUGGCCGUCUUCAUCCUCUGCUACUUCAAACGGCUCCACUGCACCCGCAACUACAUCCACGUGCACCUCUUCACUUCCUUCAUAUGCCGAGCCGUCAGCAUCUUUGUGAAGGAUGCGGUGCUCUACUCGGUGUCCGGUGAGGGUGCAGAAGCUGAAGCCGAGCUCGUGGGACAGAAGCAACACAUGGCUGGCUGCAAAGUAGCCGUCACCUUUUUUCUAUACUUCCUGGCGACCAAUCAUUACUGGAUCUUGGUGGAGGGCCUUUACCUACACAGUCUCAUCUUCAUGGCCUUCUUCUCUGACAAGAACUACCUGUGGGCACUCACCAUCAUCGGGUGGGGUGUUCCGGCUUUGUUUGUGUCCAUUUGGGUCAGCGUGCGGGCGUCUCUGGCAGACACGCAGUGUUGGGACAUCAGUGCUGGAAACCUGAAGUGGAUUUAUCAAGUUCCCAUUCUGGCAGCCAUUGUUGUCAAUUUCCUGCUCUUUGUCAACAUCAUUCGCGUGUUGGCGUCCAAAUUAUGGGAGACCAAAACUGGAAAACUUGAUCCUCGGCAACAAUACCGGAAGCUUCUCAAGUCCACACUGGUGCUCAUGCCUUUGUUUGGAGUCCACUACAUGGUCUUCAUGGCUCUCCCUUACACCGAAGUGUCCGGGCUGCUGUGGCAGGUGCAGAUGCACUACGAGAUGUUCUUCAACUCAUCGCAGGGCUUUUUUGUGGCCUUCAUCUACUGCUUCUGCAAUGGCGAGGUGCAGGCAGAGGUGAAGAAGGCGUGGCUAAGGAGAAGCCUCGCACUGGACCUCAAACAAAAAGCCAGGAUAACCAGCAGUAACGGUGGAGGCAGCUGUUACUACGGCGGCAUGAUGUCCCACGCCACCACCACCCACAGCGUCUGCAUGUCCGCCGCCAAUCACCGAGCGGUCGGCUACGGCGGGGGUGCAGGAGGGGGCGCGGGGCUCAGGCUGCCCCGCCAGGCCGCCCUCCAUCCGCAAAGCAAUCUGCCCAGAUACACGGGCGGUGAAUGCGAGAGCUCAGUGAUGGCAGCAAGGAGGCCGGCGGGAGGGCCAGGGGCCGGGGGGGGCUUUGCAAGGCAUGCGAGAGGUACCAAGAAACCCGAUGAGCCUAAAAGUUCUCUGGCGGAGACCCUUGGAGAACGGGAUCCAGAUACGUCCUUGUCUGUGAAAGAGCUGGAGACUGCCUUGUAAAUAUCAAUGGAAUGUGUUCAUAUUGUUUGGUGUACAUAUAUAUGAAGGGAGCCCAUGCCCACAUACCACACUUUGAGAAUCACUGAAGUCGACAAUAUUGACCUUAAAUUACACUCGCGUGAUCCAGUUUGAAUGUCAUAUAAACGUGAACAUAACUUGUGUCAAUGCGAUCAUUCCUCCCUAACAGUCGGCUGUGGUCAGACACGUCUAGACGGUUUGGGCGCUGCAGUGCAGCCUUGUCGUUGUUCUUUGUUUAUUCGUCAGUCCCAAAAGACCCACCCAGAUGCCUUUGGCUCCCUCACAAAGAAGCACCCUCACCUUCUUCUGAGCCAGCCACGUUUCCACUUCAUCAUCUCGCAACACUGUCCUGAAUUUCACACAGGUCACUUAGAACCUGACUCACACCGAAAACAGUACCCAAACUUGCACCAGCAUUCACAUGUAUCUGUGUGUUCUAUUUUUAUCACCAGAACAUGAAGUACAUCUACAUUAGGUGCAUACUGUAUAGGCACAAUCUUGGACUCCAUCUAUUUUUUUGUUCCAUUUAUCCUGUUAUGGUCAUGCAGAGUUGAAGUCCAGUGUUUGUGAAAUUCCUGUUCAUUUGUGUCUGCGUGAGUAUAUUAUACUGCCCCCCCCCCGUGACCAAAUUGCACACACCAGAAGUACAGUAGCUGCAAUGAAUUAAUCUUGAUACAUGAACUUUAACAAUUAUUUCCAUUCUAUUUAAUUAUGUUGAUUACCAUACAUGUAUAUUUAGUAUAUUUAGUGCUAUGUUCCUUAUUAAAAAACACACUACAAAAUGUUUGUUUUGUUUCCUAGGGAGCCUGGAAUGGAUUAAUGGUAGCUCCAUUCAUUUCAGUGGUGAAAGAUUAUUUGAGUGACCAUGUUUUGAGUUAUGAGCAUUGUUGUGGAGCCAUUUAAACUUGUAUCUCAAAGCACCAUGCUAUAGUAUAAAUACAUAUAUGCAUUAUAUAGCGUGGCACGCAGAGGUCAUGGGUUUGAUUCGGGGAUCUGGCCUUCUUG